AUGAUUACAUUUUUGGUCAUACGCUUUUCCGGGUUGGUAGCCACCACUUGUUGUCUACACUUCGACCCCGGUCACUUCGGAAAGGUAUCCUUGUCACAAUUCGGCUGUCUCGCAGAUCCUGCGGUCUCGGUAGGCCAUGUGGUGUGGCUCAUCUUGUCGGCUCCGGCUCGAUUGGGGCUCAACUCAGUUGGCAAGACUAAUCCCACAGAGGUGGGCAAUCGGAGAUAUGAGUGCGUUGAUUGGCUGGAACUGCAAAUUGCCCACUUGCAACAUUCCGGAGGGUCAGAUUAG